AUGCAGUUCUCGAACACAAUCGUCGCAGCGUUCACUCUGGCCCUCGCCACGUUCGGCGCAGGUGUGAACGCCCGAUGUGGACCCCGGAACGGUCUAUGCAGCGGGGAGCUCAGCUUCAGAUGCUUCGAUACUCACAGAACUAGGUUACCACUUCAGCGUUGCUUGUUCUCAAUAUCAGGGGAGGAUGUUCUAUUUAGGCAUGAAUAA